GCAGGGAGCGCAGCGCGCGCCGCCCGGGCCCCGGCCACCGGACGCCCUACCGGACACGACCCUCCCUGGAGCUUGGACAACUGCCCACCACGGACACUGCACCGGACACUGCCCCCCUACAAGGCUGGACACUACCACGGACACUACUUCCCAGCUCCGGACAUUGCUCCCUGUUCCCUUCCCCCGGCCCUGGAAGCUCUCCCCCCCAACCCCCUCCGGGGGCUCAGACAUUGAGCGCCCCCCCCCCCCGCAGGCUCUGGCUAACAUCCUCUUGCACCCCAGUAUACUGGACAUUGCCUCCUCCCUGUACCCCCUCCUACCUCUCCCGCCUCUUCUUUCUCCUGCUGGAAGUCGAAGCCCCGCCGGUUUCUCGGAUCCCCCCGCGGCUCGGCCGAAGCUGCCCGCGCCCCCAUCCCCCGGCUGCUCGCCCGGAUGCCUCUCCCCGGGGGGCUGUGGUGGCUUCUCUGCUGCCGUCGAGGCUUCACUCUUCUGCACCGGGACUACGGGGACGGCGAGCUUAGCGGGGACGGGGACGAAGACGAGGACGAGGAGACCUUUGAGCUACGGACCCCGAGUCCAGCGGGCGGCGGGAGGGGUCCCCUGGACGUGACACUGACUCAGCCAGCGAGGAGCGGGCAGGUCACAGACAGGCUGCAGAGCUGGGAAGAGACCUGGAGCCUCAUCCCAGAAAAAGGGUUGCCUGAGGACGACCCCGACGUCAUUGUGAAAGGUUGGCUGUACCGCGAGCCUCGCGGAGGAGGGGCGCGACCAUGGCUGCCCCCUCGACGUGCCUGGUUCGUGCUCACGAGAGACUCUCUGGAUCAGUUCAGCAGCAGCGGGAAGGGGGCCAGGCGCCUCGGGAGCCUGGUGCUCACGAGCCUGUGCUCGGUAACUGGCCCGGAGCGCAGGCCCAAGGAGACCGGUCUGUGGUCGGUGACUGUGUCUGGCCGGAAACACAGCAUGCGGCUCUGCUCUCCUCGCCAGGCAGAGGCCGAGCGCUGGGGGGCGGCACUGCGUGAAGUGAUCGCCUCCAAGGCUCCACUGGAGACCCCCACUCAACUACUGCUCAGGGACAUACAGGAGAGCUGUGGGGACCCAGAGGCGGUGGCCCUCAUCUACAGGCGGAACCCGAUCCUGAGGCACACCAGUGGUGCCUUGUACGCCCCACUCCUGCCCCUGCCCUAUGGAGUCAGUGCUCCAGGCCCAGGCUAUGCACCCUUACGAGAGGAGGCGGUUAGGCUGUUCCUGGCACUGCAGGCACUGGAGGGGGCGCAGCGGCCUGGGCCCCUGAUGCAGGGUGUGCUCCAAACCUGCGGAGACCUGCCUGCACUCCGGGAUGAGCUCUUCCUGCAACUAGCUAAGCAGACCUCUGGCCCUUCGGGUCCCCCUGGGCUCCCUGCUGCUGAAGACCCUGCGGCCCUGCGGUACUGGCAGCUCCUCACUUGCAUGAGCUGCACCUUCAGGCCCGGUGGAGCUGUUCGAGGACACCUGCUGGGACAUUUGGAGAGGACGGAGCAGGCACUCCCGGACUCCGAACUGGCAGAGUACGCGCGCUUCAUCCGGAAAGCGCUGGGCCGGACGCGCGGACGAGAGCUGGUGCCAUCGUUGGCAGAGAUUUCCGCGCUGAGCCGCAGGCAGGAGCUGCUGUGCACUGUGCAUUGCCCCGGAGCUGGCGCCUGUCCGGUGGCCAUCGACUCACACACCACAGCUGGAGAGGUGGCUCGGGAGCUGGUGGGACGUCUGGGUUUGGCCCGGAGCCGGAAUGCAUUCGCACUGUACGAGCAGAGAGGGACCCAGGAGCGGGCCUUGGCUGGGGGGACCCUCGUAGCCGACGUGCUCACCAGGUUUGAGAAUCUGGCCUCCGAAGAAGCCGGGCCGGAGGACUCAUCGGACUCCGGAUGGAGACUGUGUCUUCGUCUUCACGGACCUCUGCACCCUGAGGGGCUGUCCCCAGAUAGUCACGAAUUGCCUUUCCUCUUUGAGCAGGCCCACGCUCUGCUCCUGCGAGGCCGGCCGCCCCCGCCCGACGACACGCUGCGCGCCCUGGCGGCGCUGCGCCUGCAGAGUCUGCACCGGGACUUCUCCCCGCGCGCGCCCCUGCCCCGCCUGGACCGCCUGCUGCCGCCGCCCCCGCGGGAACCCCCGGCUCACCCUGCGCCCAGGCCGCCCGCCUCCACCGCCCUGCUGGCUGGGGCGCUCUGGAGUCCCGGCUUGGCCAAGAGGCGGGCGGAGCGUGCGUCCCGGCGUGGAGGCUUGGCGGGAAGCGCACCCCACGAAGAAGCGGGAGGUGGCACGGCGGCGGCUGCGGUGCUGGGCGGCUGGAAGCGGCUGCGGGGCAUGGGCAGAGCUGAGGCCAUGGCUACCUACCUGGCUCUGGCGGCGCAGUGUCCCGGGUUCGGAGCUGCUCGGUAUGACGUUCUGGAGCUGAGCACGGAGCCUGGUGGAGGUGCUCCACAGAAGCUAUGCCUGGGCCUGGGAGCCAAGGCCAUGUCCCUCUCCAGGCCUGGUGAGACAGAGCCCAUCCACAGUGUCAGCUAUGGCCAUGUGGCCGCCUGCCAGUUAAUAGGACCCCAUACCCUGGCACUGAGGGUGGGCGAAAGCCAGCUCCUCCUGCAGAGUCCCCAGGUGGAAGAGAUCAUGCAGCUGGUGAAUGCCUACUUGGCCAACCCCUCCCCAGAGAGGCCCUGCAGCAGCUCUGUUCCUCCAUGCCAAGACCUGCCAGGCACCUCCCCUCCCGGCCAGCACCAAGACCUGGACGAGCCCCAGGGACAGUGCGGCUGCUUGGGGCAGCUGCAGGACUGAGCCUGCCAAGAGGUCACGACUUCUUUCCUGCCUCCAGCCUGGGCCAGGACUGCUCCGAGACUUGAGGAAACCAUGGACCCUUUUGGCCCUGCAGGGACAGGGUAUACCCACACCCAAGGACUGCAAUGGGCGUGGACAGUUUUCUAGUUUGUUUCUUAAUUUAUUUGUAGAACAGAAGCAAAAAACAAA